CUCUGUCAUUGUCACAGGUUGCUACUUGUCUUUACCCCUCUCUGAUUCUAUCUCUUUCUCUCUGAUAGUUGUUCCCUCUCUCUCCUAAUGGCUGUGCAGGAGCACAAUGACUUUGUCAACGUUGGUAAGGAAGAAACUGCCAUUGGGAAACGCCAGUCUCUCGAUCCCAAAAAGUACCUCUCUCUGGAUGGGAACAGUCUGACCAUAGCUGAUCUGGUCCGUUUGGGGAAAGGCCUGUUCAACAUCAAGCUGACCACCGAGGCUGAAGGGAAAAUCAAUGAAGCCAGAGAAGUGAUAGAAACCAUCAUAAAAGAAAACCGAGUUGUCUAUGGCGUGAACACAGGGUUUGGGAAAUUUGCCCAUAUGCUCAUUCCAAAGGAUAAGCUCAUGGAACUACAGAUUAAUCUGAUUCGAUCUCAUAGUGCUGGAGUGGGCACCCCAUUGAGUGUAGAGAGGACCCGUAUGCUACUGGCUCUGAGGAUUAACGUUCUGGCCAAAGGGUACAGUGGCGUCUCCAUGGAAACGGUCCAGGCUAUGGUCAAAGCCUUCAAUGCCUCCUGCCUGUCGUGGGUGCCAGAGAAGGGAACGGUUGGAGCUAGUGGAGACCUGGCCCCCCUGGCCCACCUCACCCUGGGCCUUAUGGGAGAGGGCAGGAUGUGGUCGCCUCAACGCGGCUGGGACCAUGCCAAAACAGUACUGGAACGUCAUGGACUCACACCUUUGGUUCUGAAGCCUAAAGAGGGCAUCGGUCUGAUCAACGGGACUCAGAUGAUGUCAUCUAUGGCGGCGGAGGCAGUGGAGCGAGCUGUGGGCGUGGCCAGGCAGGCUGACAUCAUCGCUGCCCUCAGUCUGGAGGCCCUGAGGGGCACCACCAAGGCCUUCCACAGCGACGUCCAUGCCGUGAGGCCACACCCUGGUCAGAUAGAGGUGGCUCUGAGACUCCGCUCUCUACUCCACUCGGACGUCUUCCCCUCCCAGAUCUCUGAUAGUCAUAGGACAUGUGACCGUGUCCAGGAUGCAUACACCCUCCGCUGUAUCCCACAGGUUCAUGGGGUAGCUAAUGACACCAUAGCCUUUGUUAAGAGCAUCCUCACCACUGAGCUCAACAGUGCCACUGACAACCCUCUGGUUUUUGCAGAGCGAGGUGAGACCAUCUCUGGGGGUAAUUUCCAUGGAGAAUACCCAGCCAAGGCUCUAGACUACCUGGCCAUCGGGGUCCAUGAGCUGGCCAAUAUGAGUGAGAGGAGGACAGAGAGGCUGAUCAACCCCUCCCUCAGUGAGCUGCCUGCCUUCCUGGUCCAAGACGGAGGCCUCAACUCUGGUUUCAUGAUUGCACACUGCACUGCUGCUGCCCUUGUAUCUGAGAGCAAGGCGUUGUGCCACCCGUCCUCCGUGGACUCCCUGUCCACCAGCGCAGCCACUGAAGACCACGUCUCCAUGGGGGGCUGGGCCGCUAGGAAGGCCCUGAGGGUGGUGGAACACGUAGAGCAAGUUCUGGCCAUAGAGCUGCUCGCUGCCUGUCAAGCCCUGGAGUUUCUCCGCCCGCUCAAGUCCACUACCCCUCUGGAGAAAGUCCAUGAGCUAGUGCGUACUGUUGUCAGGCCUUGGGAUCAUGACCGUCAAAUGAGUCCUGACAUCGAGGCUGCUCACAUGCUCCUCAGGGAGGAAAAGGUGUGGGAGGCGGCUCGGCCAUACAUGGACCAAUACCGAGACAGGCUCGGACUGAAACCACUCCCACUGGAUGACUAGGAUAGUCUAUGAAAAUGACUCAAGACAUUCUGUCCCCACCCAGGGAGGGGGGAGACACAAACUUCUACAGAUGCACAAUCGAGAGCAUCCUGGCGGGCUGUAUCACCGCCUGGUACGGCAACUGCUCCGCCCUCAACCGUAAGGCUCUCCAGAGGGUAGUGAGGUCUGCACAACGCAUCACCGGGGGCAAACUACCUGCCCUCCAGGACACCUACACCACCCGAUGUUACAGGAAGGCCAUAAAGAUCAUCAAGGACAUCAACCACCCGAACCACUGCCUGUUCACCCCGCUAUCAUCCAGAAGGCGAGGUCAGUACAGGUGCAUCAAAGCUGGGACCGAGAGACUGAAAAACAGCUUCUAUCUCAAGGCCAUCAGACUGUUAAACAGCCACCACUAACAUUGAGUGGCUGCUGCCAACACACUGUCAUUGACACUGACCCAACUCCAGCCACUUUAAUAAUGGGAAUUGAUGGGAAAUGAUGUAAAUAUAUCACUAGCCACUUUAAACAAUGCUACCUUAUAUAAUGUUACUUACCCUACAUUAUUCAUCUCAUAUGCAUAUGUAUAUACUGUACUCUAGAUCAUCGACUGCAUUCUUAUGUCACUAGCCACUUUAACUAUGCCACUUUGUUUACUUUGUCUACAUACUCAUCUCAUAUGUAUAUACUGUACUCGAUACCAUCUACUGUAUGCUGCUCUGUACCAUCACUCAUUCAUAUAUCCUUAUGUACAUAUUCCUUAUCCCCUUACACUGUGUAUAAGACAGUAGUUUUGGAAUUGUUAGUUAGAUUACUUGUUGGUUAUCACUGCAUUGUCGGAACUAGAAGCACAAGCAUUUCGCUACACUCGCAUUAACAUCUGCUAACCAUGUGUAUGUGACAAAUAAAAUGUGAUUUGAUUUGAUUUGACCUUGGGCUUGUAGUAGAUUGUUUAACAGGUGGCAGACAAUGUGAGAAGGCUUGUGAACUAUAUUGCCAUUGUAUCUGAGAGGAGGAGGGACAUUUAUGACGAAAUGUGAGGUAUAUAAACAAAUGUACAUGGUAUUAUGACUCAAGUUCUCGGGAAUAAACGCUAUUGACGAA